AUGGACCGCAACACUCGCCUUGUAGCAGGUCUAUCUGGUAAAACCAUGACCGACAUUCCCAUUAUAGACGGCUCAGAAAGAAAUCGCGCAGACGAUAGCUCAGUACAGCCCAAGUAUACAGUCUCGGAGGCUUCCAAAGCUCUCGUGGAUAUCAAGCAUGCCGCUUUGGACUCUUGGUACAUCGAACAUGAGCGGAAGCGCCCUAUCGACAUCGAACGCGGGCAUGCGCUGUUUAUGCGCUGGAGCAGAUAUUCGCAUCGAGAACCACAGAUGAUACUCUUCGCAUCAGACGGCUGGAUUCUGCUAGGCUUGCGCAUUCAAAGGCUGGCAAAGAGCUUGGUGAAGAGAGCGAGCGAUAUCAACAUAUCGGCGAAGCUGGAAGCGAAGGCAGUCACGAAGUCAAGGCUGUAUCUUAACGACUUGGAGGAGUUCAAGGCGAGGAUGACGCGAAUGCGUAAGAUGCUAGAGGAGGUUAUUGAGGCGCCGGGUGUGAACAUAAAAGAUGAAGUGACUAAGAUGGUCAAUGGGGUUUUUGCGCAUACGUUGGAGGCAGGUCAGAUUUGA